CCGUCAAUCGUAUUGUCAGCAGUUUUGUGCCGGCAUAUUUUCUAUAUUACAAACUAACUUUUAGUCGUUUCUAUUAUUAUGGAGACAACAUCCUUAUUACCUCUGGAGUCGAACCCAGAUGUUAUGAACAAGUUUCUGCAUUUGCUGGGAGUACCUGAAAAGUGGAACAUAGUUGACGUUUACGGUCUGGACGAAGAUGCUUUAGCUUGGGUUCCAAGACCAGUACUGGCUGUUAUAUUACUGUUCCCCUACAGUGCCAAAUUUUUUGAAUAUGCUGAAGAGGAAACAAAAAAAAUCACGGAAAAGGGGCAAGUCAUUUCCCCUGAUGUUUUCUACAUGAAACAGUACAUUUCAAAUGCCUGCGGAACAAUAGCACUGAUUCACAGUGUAGCCAAUAAUAUUGAUAAAAUUGAACUGGUUGAUGGACCAUUUAAAAAGAUAUUAGAAACUGCCAAAAACUUAACACCUGAGGAGAGAGGUGAACUUUUGAAGUCUGGUUCAAAUUCAGAGGCUUUCAAAUUAAUUACAGCUCAUCAGGAGCUUGCAAUGGAAGGACAAACUCAAGUAAAUCCUGAAGAGAAGGUAAACCAUCAUUUCAUAGCAUUGGUUGAAAAGAAUGGAGAUUUAUAUGAACUGGAUGGACGUAGAGACUGCCCCAUUAAUCAUGGACCAACAAGUGAGGAGUCUUUCAUGGAGGAUUGUGCUAAAAUAUGCAAGGAAUACAUGUCUAGGGAUUCAGAAGAUCUUUUCUUUACAGUCUUGGCACUUACAGCUUCUGACUGAAUAACUCACUUGAUUUAAUUUUUAGCUUCAUCAAAUUAGAAUCAAAAUUUGAAUAAUUUACUUGCUUUGUGUGCUACUAUGCCUAUUACACAAGCUAUAUUUUGUACAUAUUAUUUAUUUUUGUAUUUUUGAGCAAUGCAAUUUAAAUUUACUUUGUAUUGCAAUAAAUAUAAUAAAUGUUUAGCAUCAAAA